AUGAAUGCCGAAGCUAGUAGACGAGGGGCCUGCGAUCGUUGUCGUGGUCAGAAGCUACGAUGUGUUGGAGCCGCAAAGCCAAUAUUCAACCCUGUUAGUCGCUUCCUGCGUAACGAAGUACCUUGUGAUCGGUGCAAACGAGCCAAGGUCGAGUGCUAUAGUGUUAGGCCAGCUCCCAGGAGGAACACAGCUUCUGAAAGGACUCAAGAUACUACACUUGACUCACAACUGGUGCAAGAGAGAAAUAGUCGCAGCUCAAUCCCAUCACAUGCUGCGGCACAAUUCAACCCUAAUUCAACUACUUCAGCAGCUCGAUAUGAUUCUCUUCCUGGCCAGCAUCAACCAAGGAACUCUGUAUCCACUCAUUAUACACAUCGGAACCCGAGACAGCCACGCGAUGCAGACUUACCCUCUGCGAUUCAGUCAGCGACAAAUGACUGGUCGUCGUACCCUACCGAAGACGAUAUGGACUGGAACGAUGUGAAUCUGGAAACUCCUGGCUGGAUGCUCGACACUGAUCGAAACGUACACCCGGACUCAAUCAUGGACAACACAACGGACCCAAGUCUGAUUGAGUUAAUGAGCAAACCGCCUUCGGUAGAUUGGAGUCCACGACAGUUUGCAGCCGAUGCCAAUUCUAUACAUACAGAAUCAUCAUCAUCAGGGAAGGUAUCUUCCCACACAAGAAGAACUUCGCCACUUGUGCCUCCGCAAAACACCGAAACAACAAGGACAAUCGUACAAGAACUCGCCAAGCUGAACGAAAAGCUUCUCCGCGAAAAGAACAACCUAGAAGACACUUCUGGUCAAGACAAUGUCGAGUCAGGCACUCAAUCUAUCGGUCAUACACUGCAACAUUGUCGAGAAUUCCUCUCUAUUCUCCAGCGUCUUAGGCAGUCAUGCUGUGACGGUGACUCUGGAGGUAUCCGAGAAGACUCAAGAUGGUUGAUCGGAGUGACAGAAACGCCAGAAAUUCCCUCGUCUCGCUGUGGAUCGUCCACUUUAUCUGUAUCCAGCAAAUCUUCACUCGCAUCACCAUCCAACGCUAUACCUGCUCUUGAGAUACCGACACUCUUGUCCAUGUUAUCUUGCUAUGCAUAUAUUUUACAAUCCUACGACCAUGUACUCACCCCCAUCCUAGAGUCUAUUACCCAGCCUACGCCUUCAGUUCCCCCGAUCCUAUCAGGCAUUCGACUUGAUGGAUUUGAACUUGAUGGUGAUUAUGUGCUUCAAUUGGAGUGCUUGACAAGUGUUAGCUUUAACAUGUUGGAGAAGAUUGAGAGUAUUUUAAUUGGAUCAUCGAGACAAAGUGGUAUUUUUAAUCAGGCUAGGGGAGGGCUACUACGAGACAAGCUUGUAAGCGGUUGGAUUGAUGUACUGUAUGACCAGGAUGAGCAUCCUUUGUUGCCGCAUCGUGGGGGGAAACGGGAGGUGCGCGCCAAACGGCUUAUUCGCGAGAUUCAAGCCGCACUAAAAGUUAUUGAUUAA